CUUUUAAAAACUGCGACGAAACUUCUUCUUCUUCGUCUUCAGGUUGUUCCGUUUGCUUUUGCUUUCGUCAUCGAUUUACUCUGUCCCCCUUUUUGUUUCCUUUAAAGAUCAAAGGAAAGAGAGUUUUCAAAGGAAUUAUCAUCGGAUCUCAUAGUAAGAAUUCUUUUAAUGGUGUUUUAUAUUGUUGAAGCACCUUGGAAUUGGCUGCACCUGUUCUUGUAAGAAACUGUAACCUUUUGAGGCAUUAUGCAUGUCUGGCCUUGUGGACACCGCCAGUACGGUAGAAGAAGCACUCUCUCGUGCAGAAAGAACAAAAUCUCUUGAUGCCAUCAUUGACAAAGGUAACGGUUCUAUUCUAACUAAUGGUGACGCUGUCCAUAGUUCUGAAACUGCUGGAUUUCGAGUUGGAGAACUAUUGCUAUCAAAUGGGGAUUCAUAUUCUGGGUCAUUGCUCGGCAACAUGCCAGAGGGUCAAGGAAAGUAUGUUUGGCAAGAUGGUUGUGUGUAUGAGGGAGAAUGGAGACGUGGGAUGAGGAAUGGGACUGGCAAAAUACAAUGGCCUUCUGGAACUGUCUAUGAUGGUGAAUUCUCAGGUGGAUAUAUGCAUGGUACCGGAACAUAUAUUGGCUCUAAUAAAUUGACAUAUAAGGGGAGAUGGAAGUUGAAUCUCAAACAUGGUUUAGGAUUUCUAGUUUAUCCCAAUGGAGAUGAGUUUGAAGGUUCUUGGAUGCAGGGAACACCAGAAGGGCCUGGAAAAUAUACUUGGGCCAAUGGAAAUGUUUAUCUAGGGAAUGUGAAAGGUGGGAGAAUGUCUGGAAAAGGCACCCUCAUUUGGACAAACGGAGACUCGUUUGAAGGAAGCUGGUUGAAUGGAAUGAUGCACGGAUUCGGAGUGUAUACCUGGAGUGAUGGUGGUUGCUAUGUAGGAACUUGGACACGGGGUUUAAAGGAUGGGAAAGGAUCAUUUUAUCCCAAUGGCAGCCGGCUUCCUGCCUCACAAGAAGUUUACCUCAAUGCUCUCAGAAAAAGAGGAUUGCUACCAGAUUUGAGAAAGCAGAGCCAUUCACAUAUCCACCAUGCUGCUUCUGUAGACAUGGGAAAUGUCAAGGUUGGUGGCAACCGGGUAUCUAAUCGUAAUUCUGAUAAGCUAUCAGAAGGAAACUUAUUAAAUCUGCAGCAGUCUCGCAACAGAAAUGUUUCCUUGGCGAGACGUUGGAGUCUAGAGGUAUCCAUUGAAAAAGUGAUUGGUCAUGAUUCAUCAUUAGAAUUAUCUGAUUCUUUUAUGGAAGGAGAAAAAGGGAGCGAAACAAAUGCACCAAUCCUGGAACGUGAAUACAUGCAAGGUGUUCUAAUCAGUGAGCUUGUGUUGAAUAAUAGUUUUGCACCAGCCUCCCGAAGAGCAAAACGGAGGCAAAAAAGGUUAGCAAAAGAGGUUAAGAGGCCUGGUGAAACAAUCAUUAAAGGUCACAGGAGUUAUGAUUUAAUGCUCAGUUUGCAGCUUGGAAUCAGAUACACUGUGGGGAAAAUUACACCUGUACAAAGACGAGAGGUUAGAGCAUCAGAUUUUGGCCCCCGGGCAAGCUUUUGGAUGAAUUUUCCUAAGGUGGGAUCACAGUUGACACCUACCCAUCAAUCUGAUGAUUUUAAGUGGAAGGAUUACUGCCCAAUGGUUUUCAGGAACUUACGAGAGAUGUUCAAGAUUGAUGCUGCGGACUACAUGAUGUCCAUUUGCGGGAAUGAUGCUCUCAGGGAACUUUCUUCUCCCGGAAAAAGUGGUAGUAUCUUCUUUCUGUCUCAAGAUGAUCGUUUUAUGAUUAAGACGCUUCGGAAAUCUGAAGUAAAGGUUCUUCUAAGAAUGCUUCCCAACUAUCACCAUCACGUGAGGUCAUAUGAGAAUACACUCAUAACAAAGUUUUUUGGGCUUCACAGAAUCAAACCAUCAAGUGGUCAAAAGUUUCGCUUUGUUGUCAUGGGAAAUAUGUUUUGCACUGAGUUGAGGAUUCAUAGAAGAUUUGACUUGAAAGGAUCAUCAUUAGGGCGCUCUGCCGACAAUGUAGAAAUUGAUGAGAACACAACACUUAAAGAUUUGGAUCUCAAUUACUGCUUUUAUUUGGAGCCUUCUUGGCGAGAAGCUUUAUUAAGGCAAAUAGAGAUUGAUAGUAAAUUUUUGGAAGAACAAUGCAUUAUGGACUAUAGCCUUUUGCUUGGUGUGCAUUAUCGAGCACCUCAGCAUUUGAGGUCUCUCAUGGCCUACAACAGAGUGGACGGCCUAGGGAGUGUUGCAGAGGAAGAGGAGGAUGAAAUCUCCAACUACCCUCAAGGCCUUGUAUUGGUUCCUCGUGGAACAGACGACAGUAGUGUUGUUGCGGGUUCGCAUAUACGAGGUAGACGUUUGCGAGCAUCAGCUGCAGGUGAUGAGGAAGUAGAUCUUCUCCUUCCGGGUACAGCAAGAUUCCAGAUCCAGCUUGGUGUGAACAUGCCAGCGAGGGCUGAGCAGAUUCCUGGUAAAGAAGAAAACAUGUUCCAUGAAGCAUACGAUGUUGUCCUAUACCUGGGAAUCAUUGACAUUUUGCAAGAAUAUAACAUGACUAAGAAGAUUGAACAUGCCUAUAAGUCUCUUCAGUUUGAUUCUCUAUCCAUAUCGGCCGUCGACCCUACAUUCUACUCGAAACGGUUCUUGGAUUUCAUUCGGAAGGUAUUUCCUCCGAAUUCCAUGAAAACUUGAAAUAAUUUUGGGUUUACGGUGUCCAAUUGUUGUGAGAAAUGAAGUGAUUAGGGGAUGUAGGACACCAUUCCAAAUACCCUCUGAAUCAGUGUUGCCGAAAAUGCAUUGUUCAAGAUCGGCACUUGGGAGCGGGUUUUUAAUCAUGUUUAUAGUGAGUAUAGUUCCCUGCCAUUGUUUAUGAUAUACUCCUGGAACACAUUCGAUGCUUCGUACUAUCCUUUCGCACUUGUCAAAAUAAUGGAAAACAAAAGCAA